UUCUCCCCCCUCCUCCCAUACACCCACGCAACUCUUCCCCGUCCCUCCUCCCGCCGCUCCGCAGCAGAGUGCUUUUGCAGCCUGUGCGGUUCCUGAGAGAGGUGGUGAUUCAGGUCUUUUUUCCUCCUUUGUUUUUUUUUUUAAUAAAUAUUUUUGCUUUUUUUCUUUCUUCCUUUCCUCCGGAGCGGACCUUUGCAGAGGAGCAGCAGCCGCAGACGCACCGGGGCCGAACAGGGAGGAUGGCCGGGGGGCGCCUCCCGGGGCUUUUCUUCCUCUUGCACGCCGCGGCUCGCCUGGCUGCCGAGCAAGAAGUUGAAAAUCUCUCCGGGCUCUCCCCUAACCCCGAAAAGGACAUUUUCGUGGUGCGGGAAAACCGGACGACGUGUCUGAUGGCGGAAUUCGCCGCCAAGUUCAUCGUCCCCUACGACGUGUGGGCCAGCAACUACGUGGAUCUGAUCACAGAGCAAGCUGAUAUCCCGCUGUCGCGAGGUGCUGAGAUGAAGGGCAAGUGCGGCACCAACGAGUCGGAGCUGGAGAUCUCCUGGCUGGAGCAAGCGUACACCCUCAAACUGUUCUUCUUGAAGGAGGGGCACAACACGUCCCGGGGGCAGGAGGCUUUCUGGAGCCUCAGCCGGAUCCAGUUCACCUAUGACACCUCCGAGCGCACAUACUUCAAGGACGCUGUCAGCCCUGGGAAGCACACAGCCAGCUCACACCGGCUCUCUGCCCUGGUCACCCCAGCUGGGAAGUCCUAUGAGUGCCAGGCGCAGCAGACCAUCUCCCUCAUCUCCAGCGACCACCAGAAGUCUGUGCAGCUCUUGCUGUCGGAAGUGCGCAUCCAGCCCUUUGACAUCACUGCGGAUUUUACCUUCAGUGAAGAGCACAAGUGCCCGGUGGACCAGAGGGAGCAGUUAGAAGAAACCCUGCCUCUGAUUUUGGGCCUGAUACUGGGGUUGGUUAUUGUGAUAACCCUCUGCGUUUACCAUAUCCACCACAAGCUGACAGCCAACCAAGUGCAAAUUCCUCGGGACAGAUCUCAGUACAAACACAUGGGAUAGGGGACAGGAUCAAGCAGCCCAAAUGUUUAUCAGGUAGAAAAAGCAAAAGCACUUUUUUCUAAGGUCGGGGAAAGGAUAUGGAGGGGGUGAGAGAUGGUAUUCACACCACCUAAUAGUGUGUAUUUCAUGGAGGCACACACAUUAAGGUUAGCCUUUAAUAUAGUCAGGGCAGAGACGUAGCUGUCUCUGUAAGAAGACUCAGAGCAUCUGAUUUUAGGAGUCUGUCUGUGGCAAUAGGUGAUAUGAAUACCUUAAGCAGCUGGGCCGAUCAUCUGGACACAGAAAUGCUUCACAUGUCAAAGUUUAACACUUCUGGUUUUGUGGGUUUUUUUAAUUUUUUUUUCUUUUUUUUAUUCUUCCUUUCCCCCACCCCAGGGACUCUUACCUCCCUGGUGUGCCACUCUUGGCAGUGUUCAGCCCUCUCCAUUCACAUCUGUGCAGGGAACAGGGCUGGGGGACAGAGCCAUUUCACAGACUUCACUAAGGUCCUCUAAUGAAGGGACUCCAACCAAAUUCCUGAAGUUUGCACUCAUGUUUAGGAAAGCAUGAAGGCAACACAGGUGUGUUUUGAAUUAAAAAAAUAUAUAUAUACACGUGCCAGAACCUCAUGCUGGCAUAAACUGGAGUAACUCCAGCACAGCAGAUUGCAGCCAGCUGAGGAGCUGACCCCAUGCUUGAGGCUGAGUGAAGAAAGUUUGUUUUUGCUUCUUGAGCCACAUCUGAACUAAACUUAAAAAAAAAUAAAAAAAGAGUAUUGAUACACAAAUCCUAAAGUGCCAUGCUACUGCAAGUCAACUGAGAAAUGCUUCUGGCUGGACAUCCUGCACGUAUUGUGAUUGUCGUUGAGAUGUUACAUUGCUACCUGCAACUGGUAUUUUCACAACCAAAAAAAAAAAGAAAACAGCAAUGUUAAAGUUACUAUGCAGAUUAUUCAGGUAUAAUCUAAUGUAACAGAAAAGAAUAUAAGGAAACCCUUGAAAUCUAUCCUUAAAUGUAGACCAUUUUUAAAAUUAAUUAAAACAUGUACCUAU